AUGCCCGCGGCGGAGAGCUCGGACGACGAGGACGACGCGCGCGCGGACGGCGCGCGCGCGACGCCGACGGCGAAGAAGCGACGCGCGGCGGCGGCGGCGGCGGCGGAGGAGGAUGACGAGGACGCGGCGUUCGCGAACACGCUCUCGCGAGGUUUGCAGAGCGGGCACGACGCGCGCGUGACGACGCGCGUGGCGGACAGGGAGGGACAACAGAGAUUUCAAGACGCGCUGCACGCGGUGGCGAAUGCGUUUCGGGCGUGUAAGAGAUCUGGGCGGACGCGAGACGCGGAGGUCGCGAACGCGGUGGAGCUCGUGCGAGACGCGCACGAUCGAUUGCCGUCGGAGAUGCGCAUUCCGGCGGAGUCGCCGUACGAAAAACUGAUGCGAUAUACGCGACAUCUGACGCAGCGCGUUGGUGUUCGCGAUGACAUGUCGAAGAACUUGCCGGAGUCGACGGUGCGCGCGAUCGAAGACGCGGCGAACGCGCUCGCCGAGAGCGUGCCCGAGGCGAUGAAUAAGAGCGACGGUCGCAAUGCGAUCACAUCUUUGAACGCUUUGAAGCUCACGUUGGAUCGCACCCGAGGCGCGGCGUCGAGCAAAGCGGGUAGUGCGUGGGAUGACAAGGCGACGCGCUGCAAGGACGUGGCGCAGGCUUUGCUCAACGUCACCGAAGCGGACACCAAGGUGACGAUGCACUCGCAGUACUUGGGCGGUCCGAUGCACGCACUGGACGCUUUUGCGAGCGACCAGCUCACGGAAAUGUCGCAUGACGAAAAGACGACAGACGCGCAAUAUUUGUGGCGCGUGUUGCGCGCGUUUUCGCAGGCGCUCUUUGAGCAACAUUCGGUCGAUUCUUUCAUAGCCAAGGCGAUUCCGUCGUCACUACAAAAGGAGGCGCGCGACUUCUUCAAAAAUCGAACGUCCAAGGACUGCGCUUUGGAUACUUUGGUGAAGCGAGUCAAGUUAUUUCCAGCGCUCGUCAUCGCGGCCUACGGUUCGAUGUCGUCAGAUAAGGUGACAAAGAUUCGCGAAGUGCUCUCAAAUCCAGUCGAAGUCGCGCUGCCGACGAGCAUCCAGUUCAUGAAGAUCCACGGUCACGCGCUCGCUCCAAGCGCGAACGAUGUUCUUUUUGUCCAGCGCGCCACUACAGAGCAAAUAGCGCGAUUAAAUCGGGCCGGAAUUCCGUUUCACGCCAGCAUCACGAGGCAAGAAGCGAACGCUGCACUCGAGGGUGCGGAGCAACACAUUAAGUGGGAAGAAGACAACGCACCGCAGAGUCACGCGCUCUUGCAAUCGUUGUCGUCGUCGCCAAUACCGUCACUUCCAGUUCCACCGGCGUCUUCUGUUUUCGAAAGACUCGGAGAAAAAGUGCAAGUGAAGAAGACGAAAACUCAGCUGAAAGCUGAAACUACCAAGGAUUUCAAACAUUCAAAGCGGUGCAAGAUUUGCGAUCACACCGUCCAUGCGCCUACGCCUACGUCCUUGGCGAACGUCUGGGCGCAGCAUCAGACUUCGAAGAUGCACAAAGCAGCGGUGCAGGCGAAGAAAGAUGCGAAGAAUACGCCGCAGCAAGCACCUCAUCCUCUCGCUUCGUUGGCCCCCGUAGAGCGUGCGUAUGCGCAGAUGGUCGACGUUCCUCCGCCUCCGACGUCCAUGGCUAAGGGUGAGAAUCAAGGAGAUGUCCGAAUCAUGAAAGCGCAAAUUACACAAGCCACGGAAGUUCCACCGCCACCACCAGAAGGGUGCGCACGCGCGCUCGGGUUCCAGUACAAAAACGCCGGUGUGUCGCAUCCGUUAGAAAAGCUUUGGGUGCCCGGCGAAGAGGGCGAAGUCGUGAGUCGUUCAUCGACAGAGACACACGUCGGGGCGAUGAACAACGGCGCGAGAUACGGUGACGUCGUCGGACGGCAAAUUCAACAGCGUUUACAAAACGUACAGCAUCAGCAGCAGAGUUUAAAGCGGAAGCGCAUUGAGCUCUUCGCGAGGAAACCCGAUCCGCCGCGCCGAGGGCCGGUGUAUUGCAAACACUUCGAUCGUGGCAACUGCUGGAACGGCGACGCGUGCAAGUUCAGACACGGUCGCGUCCCCGACUCGCCGUGCGAUAGCUACGACGGCUAA